ACCAAACAUGAGAGGAGGACAUGGUUCUUCCAUCAUGGCGGGAUGCAUGAAAAUGAAAAACGGUUUCACGUCUUUAUUCAUGAUUUCUAUGUGUUUGCUGCUUAUCUCUUCACCCAAAACCUCAGGACAACAGGGGGCAGUCUCAGGGAACAUCAGGCUUCGCGUCACGGACCUCCAGGACGGAGGAGAGUCCGUCGUGUCCGGGUCCAACCGGUUCUGUUACACGAACUCUGUGGUGCCGAGCUGGAGGCAAACAUGGACCAGGAUCCAGGUGAAGGUGUGGAGCUCCAACGUGUUCAAGGUGCAGAUGGCGGAGGGCGAGGAGGAGCUGCAGGAGCUCGAGCGCUUCAGCGUCUGGUCCUGGAUGCAGAGUCUGUUACGAGAGCGGCAAAACGAGACCACCAUCAACAUCGGUCUGUUCAGCAAGAAGACCUGCUUCAAGAUCGACCCGGCCGGCGAGACCAGCUUCACCGUCAAGGCUCUCAGGAAGUUUGAUAUCUAUCUGUUUUUGGUUUUCCUCGCCGGAGCGUUGUUGUUCCUCUUUGCAGACUCACUCAGCAGGAGUCAAGUGUUCUUCUACUCUGCUGGUAUGAGCACCGGCAUGAUCGCCUCUCUCAUCAUCGUCUUCUUCAUUCUGGCUCGCUUCCUGCCCAAGAAAAGCCCGUUUUAUGUCCUGAUUGUCGGCGGCUGGUCGUUCUCUCUGUACGCCAUCCAGCUGGUGGGAAGGAACCUCCAGACCAUUCUGCGGGAACACUGGAACGUGGCGUUAGGCUACGUGACGGUGGUGGGCUUCGUCACCUUCGCCGUGUGUUACCGGUACGGCCCCCUGGUGGACGAGAAGAGCAUUAACAUCCUGUCGUGGACGCUGCAGCUGUUCGGCCUGCUGCUGGUCUACCUGGGGAUCCAGAUCCAGCAGGUGGCCUUCGCCGUCAUCGUGGCCGCGCUGAUCUCCAAACACCUGGAGCACCCGCUCAGACUCUCUGUGACCGCCUGCAGGCGGCUCAGAGCUGCAGUUCGCUGGAAGACGGAGCCUCGCCGCCUGCUGACGGAGGAGGAGUUCCAGCGGGAGGCGGAGGAAGAGACUCGUAAAGCUCUGGAGGAUCUGAGGAAGAACUGCAGCAGCCCCGAGUUCAGAUCCUGGAGGACCGUGGCCCGCCUGCAGUCCCCCAAAAGGUAAUUGGUUAUCGCGUUCAAGCCGUCUGCACAGUUUGAUUCGAGGUUUGCAGACUUCGUGGAGGGCUCUCCUCACCUGGUGUCCAACGAGGUGUCGGUGCACGCGCAGGAGUACGGCUUCGGAGGGUCAUUCUUCGAGGAGGAGUUCUUCGACACGGACGACGAGGAAGACGACGACAUGAAACCUCUGAAGAUCCCGGAGUGAGACGACGCUUUGUGGAGAAUAAAGAGACGAUUUAAGUAUUGCCUUUCAGGACAAACGAUGAGAGGAGAGCCGCUCUGCGCGAGCUAACGUCCGGAGAGAGGAGGACACGGAUCGUGGUCUCCAGAGAAAUGACAGGAAGUGGAGAGGACUAAAGACGAAGUGAUGUAGCUUCAAAGGAUGUAAACAAACUCUUUGUUUAGGGAGAAUCUGACGGUACUCUGUGAUCGGGAGCGCUUUCUUUUGGAGGUCAAAGCUAAUGUUUUACUGUGUGAUGGCAGCGUGUGCGGGCCAGAGAAUGCAAACACUUGAGGAAAUAAAAAGUGGGUUUUUUCUGAUUAAACUAGAUUUAUCUUUUAUCUCAAUGGGAAUUAAUUCUGCUCUGUUUUUCUGAGUGACUGAAAAAUCCCAAAAGAAGCUUUUCCUGGUUUCCUAGAAGUCCCACCUCGUUACUUCUGCCAGGGUUUCAGCCCUGAUCGUUGCAGGUGCAUCUUUUUAAGUCUCUGAAUCAUCAGGAUCUAGUGGUCACAGAUCAGAGCAUGUCUGUGUUGUAUUGAGACUCAAGUGUCUCCCAAUAUCUACCAAAACAAGGGGUUGAAUGUAAAGCUUCUUUGCAUGAAACGUACCCUUCAACUGAGGCUGAAUAUGUGCCUUCGUUCAUUUAUAAAUAAGAAGUCUUGUGAUUAAUAAUCCCCCAUCAGUUUUGCAAUUCUGCUUUAUUUGUUUUAUUGAACAUUUGACCCUAAAACCAUUAAAUACAGUCGAUUUUCAACUCUAAAAGUCCCAGAGUAUAAAUAAUAAGAGUCUUUCUUUAAGUAUUUAUCACGCAUUAUUACUACAGCGGUGUUUCGUGCAGCCCUGCCGAAGUUUCCCGUUAAUUCAGAAAAACAAACAGUAUUUAUUUCCACGAUUUCUCCAAACGUUGAGAUGAAAUAAUCUCUGUUUCUUGAAUAAAUGCUUGACGCUGUUUGUGUUGUCUUUAGCUCAGGAGAGGUUUUUACGUUCAGUGUGUCUGACCUUUGUGUGUGUUUCACUGUUUUCAAUUUAAUGGACAUGAACACAGGAAGUGUCCCCAAAGUAUUUUGAAUAAAAAACUAUGAAUUGA